CCGGCGCGCGAGAGGAAUUUCCCACAAUGCAUCUGUCAUUACCUAAGAAGUACACAGACGGGUCGCUGUUUGACAAAUGCGCUGCUCUCCACUCUCCAGUCUGCUGCUGUGCCUGGCUUUAGCACUGUGUCUUCUGUCUGCUUGAGAAGUAGGAGGGUGUUUUAGCGGGCGAUCCUUGUCUCGUCCCUAUCUCUUGUCCCAGCAGCAUCAGCUCCAGCCAUGUCCGGGUUCAAUCUUCUGCAUCUGGUCAGCCAGGGCCAACCUGUAAAACUGAAGGCUUGCGGGCUUCCCUCAGGAACGUGUCGUAGCAAGAAGACAUGGCCCAAAACCUUCUCCGAGGAAGAGUUGAGGAAACGCUUGACCCCAAUGCAGUACCAUGUUACUCAGGAAAAAGGCACAGAAAGUGCUUUCACAGGAAAAUAUACAGAUAACAAAGAGGAGGGAACCUACCAUUGUGCCGUCUGCGGUGCCCCUCUCUUCACGUCUGAUAAGAAGUUUGACUCAGGAUCAGGAUGGCCUUCCUUUUUCGAUUUGAUCAAUAAGGAGUCUGUAACGCAAACUGAUGAUUUUUCAUAUGGCAUGCAUAGAGUGGAGACAACCUGCAGUCAGUGUGGAGCUCACCUUGGCCACCUCUUUGAUGAUGGACCCCGGCCUACAAGGAAGCGUUACUGCAUAAACUCCGCCUCCCUCAGUUUCCAAUCAAAAAACAGUGCUUCUGGAGAGGCGCGACCAAUCGGAGAAGCAGGCCAAUCACCGUCUUCUAGUAAGAACGAUGAACUUUAACAGGACUUGAAAUAGACCAAGUUGCAUAUGUCACGCAUAGACUACUCCAGAAAUAUCAAUUCCAUAUAUUUCAUGUUCGGGUGAAUAUAUUUUGCAACAUUUGUCUGAAUGAUGGGUCCGUCAGAAAUGCAGUAUGCAAUGCCAGAUUCAGGAUCUGGUUAUAAUGGCCUUAUGUUUGCUUCUCAACUUCAUGACAUAAGUAAUAGCGUUCUGAAAAGCUGACUUUGAUCUGAAAAAAAGUUUGGUGGCUUUCAUAAUCUUCGGACUAUACAGGGUAAUAUUUUUGAGAUCAAAGAUACAGUGGGGUCCUGUGGCAAAUUUCAGUUUAGAAUGGAAUAUGCAAUAUGGCAAUGCAUUUUUUGUAUUUAAAGGCGGGGUGCAUGAUUUUUGAAAAACACUUUGGAAAAGUUAGUCGGGCAGAGUACCAAGACACAGUUGUAGCCAAUCAGCAGUAAGGGGUGUGUUUGUUUGGGUGAUUUCAAAUGUCAACAUCGGCUUUCAGAGAUCAUGCACCCCGCCUUUAAGUUUACAUUUUCCAUGCUAUAUGCACAAUGUUUGGUGUAAAAUGAAAAUUCAAUCAUUUAAUUUAACAUUUAACAGUUUUGUUUCAAAUGCGUUUUUUAAUGCUUUUUAAGUUGUAAAAUUGAAUUGGAAAUGUUUUUCCUGAACUGAUUAGAUGUGUUUAACAUGGUCAAGGAAAAACUGUAGCAAAAUUAUUAUUUAAAUGUAAUUUUCCUAAAUACAUUUAUGGGUACAACACAUGGGAUUGCAUAUUCAUUUACAUAGCGCGCAAUGGAUGUAGAAAACACCAAAUGUAUAUACAAAAAUUAAAUUUUCAUUUUGCACCAAACUACCGAGCCCCUGAGGUGACACUGGAGUAAAAAAAUCUAAAGUUUAGUUUCAUGUGCUCACGUGAAACUUUCGUGUGCUCACGUGAAACCUUCAUGGGCAGAAUUUUUUUUUUAAGUUUAGUUUCACGUGCGCACGCGAAACUAAACUUUAGUUAAUGUUUCUCCAUGUCCCUUUAGGGGUUCCAUACCAAACAUUGCACGCAUAGCAUGUGAAAUGUACAUUUAAAUACAGAAAUGCAUUGGGUCCAAGCACCCUGAGACAACAUAAAAAAUCUGUUGUUUUAUGUAGGCCUUAACUCUUUCCCCGCCAUUGACAAGUUAUUUCUUCAAUUAAGAGAAAACAUUUGCAUAAAAAAGUGAGCUCCUGAUGAGUUUUUAUGGUUAUCUGUAAUACUGUGAUUAUCCACUAGAUGGUGAACUUACCCAGUUUAUAAAAAUACACAUUCAGUGUAUGUUUUGAUAAUCGUUCGGAAUCCGAUCUCUAACAAAAACUUUCACAAAAAUGCAUUUAUUUCAGCUUUUUGAAAAAAAAUAUUUGUAAAGAAAAAUACAUAUUUAAGAGUUUAUAAACAGAGAAAAAAUAUAGAUAGGAUGAAACGUUUGUUUGUUCGUUUGAAAGCAGAAGGUCUGUUCUUUAAUUUGAUAUAUUUGUAUGUUUAUAUAUUUUUAGAAGAAAUCCUGGAAGGCAUUUUUGUGAAAAUCACACAAAAUGCUGGCGGGCAACUUAAAAAAAAAAUGCUGGCGGGGAAUGAGUUAAUAUGAAGUUAUGGCAUGAAAUGAACAAUAUUUAGGAUUGCUCAUCUGAUGUCACUAAUUAACUACUACAUUUACAUUUAGGCAUUUAGCAGAUGUUUAUAUCCAGCCUGAUCGCACGAUAAUUCAUAUAUAUUAAUUUUACAAGUUGGCUAAUUCGUAUACAAAGUCAAUUGUAUGUGCAAAAACGUAUUAUUAUCUUGAAAAAAUAAACUAUAACAAAACCACACCCCUAACCCCAAGGUCACAGGGGUCAAGGCAUAUAUACAAAAAUGUACGAAUGUGGUCGUUCAAAUUUGCCACCUCGUAAAAUACGUAAGAAUUGCCAUGAGAUCGCGUUAUAUCCAAAGCGACAGAUAACAGUGAGGAGAAACAAUCAAGACAUUUAGGGCCCUAUUUUAACGAUCUGAAACGCAAGUGCGAAGCGCAAAGCGCAAGUGACUUUUUGGGCAGAUCUUGGGCGCUGUUGCUAUUUUCCCGGCGGGAGAAAUAACUUUUGCACCAGGCGCAAAUCAAUAAUGGGUUGGUCUGAAGUAGGUUCAUUAUUCAUAGGUGUGGUUUGGGCGUAACGUCAAAUAAACCAAUCAGAACGCUAUCCAACAUUCCCUUUAAACGCAAGGGCGCAAGUUCCAUGGCGGGUUGCUAUUAUUAUGACGGAUUUACCAGGCACACGUCAGGAGCGGUUCACAGCCGAGGAGACUGACGUUCUUGUAAGAGCAGUCACAGACAGAGAAGUUGUUUUGUAUGAGGAUGUGAGAAACCCGCCCAAAUCAGCGUCGAUUAAACAGGCGUGAGAGGAAAUAGCCACAAUUGUCUCAUCAGCUGGCAUCCCCAUCGUUGCGCCAAGCGCUACAAUGAUGUCAGGAGACGGGGAAUCCCAAGCUUGCCAGCAUAAAUCGAGCACGCCGUGUAACGGGAGGUGGAUCUGCCUCUACACAUGACCUGACGCCAGCAGAGGACAUCGCUGCGUCCACCCUCACCGCUGAAAGUGUUUGGGGGCUUUGAAAUCGGAAACGCAAACAAGGUCCAACCCCAAAGUACACUUACAAAUCAAGUUCAUAUACAUUAAGGUUUCUUAUGAAAACAUUUUAAUUAUUAUUUACAUAAAAUAAACGUAAUACAGCCACACAACAAACUUAUGAAAAUAUUUUAAAUAUUAUUUGCAUGAGAAUUUUUUAACGCAGCCACACAAUAAAUAAAAACUAUCACCACAAUGCUCACCACUAUGAUUUCCCUUAUCUCAUGUAUUAAUAUUUUUUAUUGUAACAAUUUGGGAUUUGCAAAAAUAACUGUUGCAUCUGUGUAGAUUAGAUAAGCAAAGUGUGUGCGCGUUGUGCACGCUAUACAUUAUGGUCAAGCAUGCGCCCUUAAAAUAGCAUAAUGAACCACGCGCAACGCGCCACUGACUUUAGACUAGUUUUUUUCCGGUCAGUGGCGCAAUUGUUUUUUUAAACUGCAAAAUAGCAUCAGGGAUGGUUGCGCCGGAACACGCCUCCUUUUUGCGCUGAACCGCCCAGAGAGCGCAAGUUCAUUCCCUAGUUUGCCAAAGUGCAUCUGUGGAGGGAAAAACCCGCCGGUGCAAAAUACGAAUGAUACAUGCGUCACUGACAAAGUCAAUUGCGCUGGGUGCAAGAUAGUGCCCUUAGUCUUAGAUGAAUUAAAUAAAGUCACAUUUUGGAAACUUUCCAUGGAAAUUAUACAGGAAUAUAUGGAAAUUUUGGCACACAGAUAAAGAUGAGUCAGAUGUUUAGGAAGCUAAUGUUGUAUGUGAUACAGUUUGUAUAAAUGAUCCAAAAUUGACUAAUAAUUUCCUUUAAUUCCAACUUCGAAUUUUUCCAAAAUUCCUGAGCUUUGCAAAUUGCAAGCAAAUUUGUAAUACUGUGAAGUUACACAUUUCCAUCCUUUUAAAUUUUUGGUAGCAUUCACAAAACUUCCUUGGAAAACAUGGAUUAUUAAGAUUUGGACACUUUAAUAUUUCACACCAGUGCAAUAUUAAAAUAUAAAUAUAAAAUAUUUAAAAAAUAAUAAUGACUUAUCACUUAAAUUUUUGAUCAAAAAGAAUUUUGGAAAAUCAUAUUCGUGGUCAAAGACAUUUGGACUCCACUGUACAUUGAAAGCCCAAUGAUUAGAAACAAAUCCUAUACGUGUACUCGGAGAGCCGAGCUGUUUCUGAAGUGACAUGCGAUACAGGGAGGUCAUGAAGUUUGAGGAAAAUGCUAUGCAAGUGCUCCUGUAAGCAAAAGUGGAGAACAAAGCAUUCUUUGAAAUAAAAUGGAACAGAUGAUAAAUGUUUAGUCUGAACACAAAUGUAGCCUGACUUUUAAAGGUGCUUUUUUUGGUCUCCUUGCUUGCAGUGCCUAUUUUUUUUCUUGGAUGUGAGUUCACUUUGAUUGAUAUUGAAUAUGAAAUUUUGAUUCAUAUUGAACAGUGUGAAUAAAGAGUUAUUAAGAAUG